AAUAAAAUUGUUACUGAUAAUAAAGUCACUGCUUAGCUAUUCACCUGAAAGAAUGGAGCUGGACUCGCAAAUUAUGGCAGCUAAUAAUAUUAACAUGUUCCAUGAAACCAUGUUCUUCGAUAUACUUUCUCAGAACGGUUAUUCAGUGAAUCAGUAUAACAGCUCGGAAAAAGAUGACUUGAACACGAUAAAUAAUAAAGUAAAUAACUGUAAGCCCGAUUGUGUGAAUAAUGUAGAGAUGAUUAACCAAAACGUUACCCAGCUGGUUAAGUUGCCAUUAAACAUGAUGCCUCCACCACCUCACAAAAUCGUCAAUUAUAAUAAUAAUAAUAACGUUAUAAAGAGGUACCAACCUAGAGACAAUACGAGACAGAGAGAUAGUUAUAGACCUAUAUCUCCAAAGGGGUAUGAUAGUGACGAGAGUUGCACCACUUACUCUUCUAGGGGCACUCCACCUGACAGUUACGGGGUAAGAUUUAACAAUUCAAGAAAUGGAAUGAAUAGAUUAAGUGACCAAACUAUCAUGUUUGGUAAAUACAGUCAGAGUUCGCCCAACGUUUUUCAUUCUAAUAUUCAGUACUCGUCUAGCGCACAACACAAUAGUCAUAGUAAUGGAAAUUUCAACAAAAAUAGCGGCAGUAACAACACAGCGCGCCAGAAACAUAAUCAUCACUCGUACAAUGGCCACAACAAGAACGGAAUGGACAUUAUGGUCAGGCGAGCUCACGGAUUAGUGGAAAGGUUCAAGUCCCGAUCCGAACUGAUGAGAAUUAAUCCCAACCCACCUGAAUUGUUGAAUGGCGGACCCUGGGACCAAUUAAAUCAGGCCAUUUGGGACGUGUUUAGUAGUAAGGCUCAGAAAGAGAAAACUUACGAGUGUAAGAUUAGCCUGUGGAAAAAUAUUUUUUUGUACAUAAGGAAGUGUUUAAGUAGUUAUGGACUCUUUAUGGUUGGGUCGACCAUGUCGGGCUUUGGAUUAGAGAGCAGUGACAUAGAUAUGUGUUUGUUAACGAAACCCUGCACUAACGAUCCCAGACUAGACUCUUUGCAUCACUUGAAUUCCAUUAGACACCUCUUGAUAAAAUAUGGUUUAACGGAUGUCCCAGAACUUAUUUUAGCAAAGGUGCCGAUCCUAAAAUUCAAGGACAAAGAAACCGGUUUCGAGAUCGACCUUAACUGUAACAAUUCCGUGGGAAUACGUAACACCCAUCUCCUGCAUUCUUACGCCCGUCUAGACUGGAGGGUCCGCCCCUUAGUCAUCAUCGUGAAGCUCUGGGCGCAAGCCAACCACAUCAACGAUGCAAAAAACAUGACAGUUUCCAGUUAUUCUUGGGCGCUUAUGGUUAUACAUUACUUACAAUGUGGCGUAACACCACCCGUAUUGCCUUGCCUACACGGCCUAGUACCGGAAAAGUUCAAUUCGGACAACGUUAACCACACCAUGGAUGUUCAAGAGGAAAUAGCCAGCAUAAAAAACUUCAAGUCGGACAACAGGAUAUGCUUGGGAGAGCUACUGAUCGGGUUCUUUCAGUAUUACUCGAUGUUCAACUACAAUCAGUACGCCAUCUCUGUCCGUGCCGGCUGCAGGCUGCCCAUCGACGAAUGUCGCUACACGAAGGCCCCCAAGAACGAUCCCCACCAGUGGAAGUACCUGUGCAUCGAGGAGCCUUUUGAUUUCACGAACACGGCUAGAUCGGUGUUUGACGUGGAAACUUUCAGGCACAUAAAAGAAAUUAUAUCCUGUUCGUAUCAGGAGCUGCUCAGAACUAAAAUGCUUAAUAACAUUCUGCCGGUGAGCUUGAAUCAGAACCAAAGAUGAUGUAGUGCAAUAACGGUAAGUGAAUGGGAGGAUUCUUACUUUUAGGUUAAACGGCGGAUGAACGUACAUUCCAUCUAGAAUAAGGAGCAUAUACAAAAUAUAAAACAACUUUUUAUACACUCUUUAUUAGUAUAAGUGGUUUUUAAUAUUUUUUUAUUACAUGGUCUCGAAAUAGAAAAUGGGGAAUGCCCGCGAUGGUAUAUUUAGGUUGGAUGGAAGAAUCGUUGUAGUUUGUGUUCGUUCUUUUUGUGUUCAGAUUGACCAUGGCAUUUUGUUCGUUUGUGCGUUUCUCAUGCAUUAACAUCCCACCACCUUCAUCGGUUAUCGUUGAUGUAAACGUUUCAGGAUUUUGCUCCUUGGAAGUCCUUUAGCUCUUACACUUAUUCUCGUAAAUUAAAAUUUGAGGGUAUCGGACAUGUUAGUACAUGAGAAAUUAAAAUUAUGUACAAUAAAUAAACGUGGCUGCAUAAUUUAAUUUGUACGGAUGUGUACUGAAUAUUU